AUGCUUGUUGCUCCUCCAGAGGUUAUUGCUAGUUGGCCAAAACCAAAUUAUGUCAAUCCUGAACAUCAAGGCCCUCAUUUGACGAUUAUCGUCCUCAGUAGCUUUGCCAUCUCGUCUGCUGUGGUGGCAUUACGAACAUACGUCCGAGUUAAAAUCAAGAAGAAUGCCGGUUGGGAUGACUGGCUCAUGCUGAGCACGCUGGUAUGA